AUGGACGGCUUUUUAUCCGAUACUUCCCUCGCUACACAAUUCAUGCAGCGGCUAUAUUUGUUGACCCGUGUGCGACGGCACCUAGUGAUUUCUGCGCGAGGACUUACUCCGUCGCAAAUUGGACGUUUCAGGACUAGCAAGCUCGAUGUUCCAUUCCAUUCCGCGCAAUCGCGACAAGCGCAGCAAACAGAGAACAAUUCUUUCUUCCCACCAGGCGCAAGUAGUACUUGGAGCAAAGUAGAUCCCUCGCUAGUCGUUGACAUCGCGCUAAAGACCCUGAUAGGCCUGGGAGUCAUUUUUACCGGGGGGAGUUUAUAUGUGUUUUGGUACAAAAAUGACGUCAUUUCAAAGAUUGAAGCGGCAUUCAAUGAAACGUUAAAUGAUGCAGCCCUAGUGCAAUUAAUCAAGCAGGAGCUAUCACGUUUUGACCUUCUAACACCUGACCUGGAGCACGCUGACUUGCAACGAUUGGCAGCAAAGCUCUCCGAAGUACAUCCACGGCAGCCGGACCAAGACAUCGUCGAUUCCAUUGUGAAAGGAGAGAUAGCAGGUUCCUACUUUCUCUUCGUCGGACCGAAGGGCGCGGGAAAGUCUGGAAUGUUGUUCGAUGCAAUGUUGGACAUGCGUAACAAAGGAUCGGUAUUUCUUGAGGCCCAUCCCGACCUUGAGGUGUUUCGUUUGCGCCUAGGAAAUGCUUUAAAUUAUGAAUUCAGCGAGGAUAUGCAGGCUGGACUGUUCCAGAGACCGUACCCUCGAUCCGGCGGUCCCGCGAUGGAUAUUGAACGCGCGUUAGACAAGCUACAUGAAGUUGCUAUGCGAUGUGGACGGCGCCGUCGUCCGCUCGUUCUCGUCAUCACCAAAAUUCAGAAUUUUCAUAACAACGACCAAGGUCGAAAUCUUCUUUUACAGAUACAACAGUAUGCUGAACGCUGGGCCAUGAGAGGCAUUGUCACUGUUGUAUUCACCACGGAUGAUGUAUGGCCAUAUACGUUAUUGCGCAAAUCAGCAACUUUGAUGGAAGUGCGCUCUGUCCAAGAUCUGGACUGGGAAAUGUCAAGGCGCACUCUAUUGUGCAGACGGCCAGACGCUAUAAAUGUAGACAGUGUUGUGCGCGUUGUAGGAGGACGUCAGUCCUACCUCAAUAAGGUGUCGAAGGCCGAAGACUCGGAGAUGCUUCAAGCUGCGCAGGAUCUCCUGCGCUUGGAGAAGGCGUGGCUCGAGAACCGCCUCGGGCUGAUACCAGAUUGCGACAAUGAUGAUGAAGUUGUCACUCAGCAAAAGUGGAGCCUACACUGCUGGACAUUGCUCCGAGAGUUCGUAAGGCUAUACAGAGCUGAGCAGAAGGCGUCCGGGGACUCCUGGGAUCCACUAAAACUCCCCGUUAUCCCAGCGUGGCGAUGCCAGCAAAUCAUGACACGGCCCGAUUAUCUGGACGAGCUUGAUAGGUUGGACGUAGUCUAUAUCGACAUGAAUUCAAAUGUGCAGCCGGACUCGAUGCUAAUCCUACGCGCCGCUUUAGACAUUGUGGAGAGGGAGGGUUUCGAUGAGCUCCUAGAAGUUGUUCGGUGCAGAAUAAAGGAGAUAGAGAACCUGCGGCGAUGAAGGAUUGUAUGGGACAUGUUCGAGCAUAUGUGUAGUGCCAUAAUUAUUGCUUCUAUAGUAUAUGACUAAUUUGUUAUUACAUAUUUCCUGGACGGACUCGGAGCUCGCACUUGUACUUUAUUCUUUUCUUUACGUUAAUGGAAUCUUCCGCUGUGAUUUGACAGCUUUUCAUUCUGCAGCAGUUGGAGAUCGGCGCACAUAUCAGCAUUUGCUGUCCUACUUGUGGACAUUCCUUGGAACAGGGUCUGCACUCGUAAAAAUACACAUCUUAUAUGCAAGACCAGCUUGUGGUUUCUUCUGAUCUUCGUGGUGACUUUCUACACCCUCAUUUUCAAGAAAAGUUCAAGGGCCAUAUGCACUAUCAAUUAUAAUAACUCGUCGUCCGUGCGUCUAUCAUCUACUUGCCAUGUAGCGCUUCGGA